UUUGGAUGGAAGUGAAGCCACUUCCGCCUCAUGGCGGUCUCAGUCUCCUUCCGGGUUAUGGAGACGGGUGCCCCGGAUGUAAUACUGGCGAAAGCAUCUUUCCUUUCUUUCCCCGCCUGAUUCUGGGUUCUUAGGUGAGCGCCAGCCGCUGAAGGAAGUGUUCUGUCAGCCAUGCCAAAGAGGAAAGUGACUUUUCAAGGUGUAGGAGAUGAGGAUGAUGAAGAUGAAAUCAAUGUCCCCAAAAAGAAGCCAGUGGACCCUGUGGCUGGAGCGGGGGGUCCCGGGAGCCGCUUCAAAGGCAAACACUCUUUAGACAGUGAUGAGGAGGAUGAUGAUGAGGAGGGGUCCAGCAAGUAUGAUAUCCUGGCCUCAGAGGAUGUAGAAGGUCAGGAAGCAGCUACUCUCCCUAGUGAGGGGGGUGUGAGGAUCACACCUUUCAACCUGCAGGAAGAGAUGGAGGAAGGCCACUUUGAUGCUGAUGGCAACUACUUCCUGAACCAGGACGCACAGAUCCGAGACAGCUGGCUGGACAACAUUGACUGGGUAAAGAUCAAGGAACGGCCACCUGAUAAGCACCAGGUUUCGGACUCAGAGGAAGAAGACAGCCUGGGUCAGACACCAAUGAGUGCCCAAGCCCUUCUGGAGGGACUUUUGGAGCUGUUGUUGCCAAGAGAGACAGUGGCUGGGGCACUUAGGCGUCUGGGGGCUCGAGGAGGAGGCAAAGGGGACAGCAAGGGGACUGGACGGCCCAAUUCCCCACAGCGCUUAGACCGGCUCUCUGGGUUGGCUGAUCAAAUGGUGGCUCGAGGCAACCUUGGUGUAUACCAGGAAACGAGGGAACGGUUGGCUAUGCGACUGAAGGAUUUGGGGUGUCGGACUCAGGGAACCCAUGACCCCGCACCUCCACCCUCCCUGGAUAUGUUUGCUGAGGAAGUGACAGAGGGGGAGCUGGAAACCCCAACCCCUACCCAUAAAGGAGAAGCAGAGUCAGCGGGAGAUGGUCUCAUGGACGUGAUGUGGGAGUAUAAGUGGGAGAACACAGGGGAUGCUGAGCUGUAUGGACCGUUCACCAGCGCCCAGAUGCAGACCUGGGUGAGUGAAGGCUACUUCCCGGAUGGUGUUUAUUGCCGGAAGCUGGACCCUCCAGGCGGUCAGUUCUACAAUUCCAAACGCAUUGAUUUUGAUCUCUACACGUGAACCUGCUAAGGGCCCAGUGUGGCAGCCCCUUCCUCCUUGGACUUGGCAGAAGAGGCCCCAGCUGCCCUGGGCAGUGAGGAAAUUGGAAGCUACUCUUCAGCCAGUUUCCCUUUCCCAAUAAAAGCCUUGAGUGUG